AUGGCACGUCAAAGGGGCCUUUCAAAUGCCUCCACCGUAUCCUCAGCCCCAGACCAGGAGCUGGGGAGCAUGUACGAUUACCUGGCCAAGAUCAUCCUCCUGGGACCAAGCGGUGCUGGCAAGUCCUGUGUAUUACAUCGAUUCGUAAAGGAUGAGUGGCGAGUCCUCUCGUCACAAACCAUCGGCGUCGAGUUCGCGUCCCGCAUCGUGAAACUGGGCACCGGCUCGCGACGGAUACGAAUCAAACUACAACUCUGGGAUACCGCUGGCACCGAGCGCUUCCGAUCCGUCUCAAGGUCUUACUAUCGUGGCGCCGCGGGCGCUAUCCUCAUCUACGAUGUCGCUUCCUACACCUCCUUCGCAUCCCUCCCAACCUUUCUUAUGGACGCGCGCGCCCUCGCUUCCCCCAACUUGUCCGUCAUCCUAGCUGGAAAUAAGGCCGACCUUGCAUCUGAUGCCCAAUCGGAGUUUGAGGAUAGCAUGCGCCCUCCCCCAACGCCGUCCAGCACAUCGAGCAGAAUGUCCUCUGUGCCUUGGGAUGCAAAUGGCUCCAUUCGAUCGAGUCACCUGGGCUCAGGGACCAGGUUGACUGCGACCCUAGCGUCUGAAGGUCGGGAGGUAAGCUCGGAAGAGACGUCUCGCUGGGCUGCAAAGUCAAAUAUCCCCGUUGCGGUUGAGAUAUCCGCCUUGACUGGGGAUGGCGUGGAGGAGGUUUUCAACCGGCUAGCGCGCAUUAUCUUGACCAAGAUUGAGCUCGGGGAGAUUGACCCUGAUGACCCCCAGAGUGGCAUCCAGUACGGUGAUGGUGGUCUAUACGGUCAUGGCAGUGAUGCCUCGAGUAUCAGAAGCCGAGCCACAUUGGAUGAGAAUUCCAUGCCUCUACAGCGCAGAGCUCCCAGGCGAAAAAGCAGGGCUGGCACUGGGAACGGCUGGAAGGGUGGAAUGAGAGAAUGGGAGGAUGUUUUCCGCUUGGGCUCUGGCAGCCGCAGAAACCAAGGGUGUUGUUGA